AUGGACAGCUCCGCCGUGCCGGAGAACCGCACGGCCGCUGGGCACCUGCUGCUGCUGCUGCCGCCUUUCGCCGGGAACGCGACGCCCGAGCCCUCCGGUCCCGGUGCCGUCCCGGCUCUUUCGGCGGCGCCGCCGCCGCCGGGCUUGGCCCCUUUGGAGAGCGGCGUCGAGGCUCCCUUCUGGGACGGGAGGCUGAACCACGGGCUGAGCGUCUUCGUGGGGCUGGCGCUGGGGGUGACCAUGCUGGGCCUGGGCUGCACGGUGGAGCUGAGCCAGCUGGGCGCGCAGCUGAGGCGGCCGCUGGGCUUGUGGCUGGCGCUGCUCUGCCAGUUCGGGCUGAUGCCCCUCUUGGCUUUCCUGCUGGCCCUCCUCUUCGCCCUCGACGAGGUGGCCGCCGUGGCCGUCCUGCUCUGCGGCUGCUGCCCCGGAGGGAACCUCUCCAACCUCAUGUCCUUCCUGGUCGACGGAGACAUGAACCUCAGCAUCAUCAUGACUGCCUCCUCCACCUUGCUGGCUUUGAUCUUGAUGCCUCUUUGUCUGUGGAUCUAUAGCCGAGCUUGGAUCAACACCCCAUUGGUGCGCCUGUUACCCCUGGGGGCAGUCACCCUGACCUUGUGCAGUACUCUGCUCCCCAUUGGCCUUGGGGUUUUCAUCCGCUACAGAUACACAAGGCUGGCAGACAUUCUGGUGAAGAUCUCUUUGUGGUCUCUCCUGGUGACCCUGGUGAUACUUUUCAUUCUCACUGGCACCAUGCUGGGUCCUGAGCUUCUGGCUACUAUUCCUGCCACCGUAUACGUAGUAGCUGUGCUGAUGCCUUUGGCAGGCUACGGCUGCGGCUACGGGGUAGCGACCUUGUUUCGCUUGCCCCCGCACUGCAAGCGGACGGUGUCCUUGGAAACCGGCUGCCAGAACGUCCAGCUCUGUACCGCUAUCCUCAAGCUGAGCUUCCCGCCACAGUUCAUCGGGAGCAUGUAUAUGUUUCCCCUACUCUACGCCCUCUUUCAAUCUGCUGAAGCCGGGCUGUUCGUACUGGCUUACAAGAUAUAUGGAAAGGAUUUGUACAAGCAAGAGCCUCUGGGAGGAGACAACGAAGAAGAUACAGACAUUUCUUACAAGAAACUGAAGGAAGAAGAAACCCCAGAAAUUUCUUACGGCACAGUAGCUGCUGGGGAUCAUGGUCCAGGGGCUAUGGAGGUGACAGACCGUCCUCUACAGGGAGAGGAGAUCUUAAAAAGAACAUCCCGUGUUGAAAUAAACUGGUCAGCCGAGUAGGAGAAACAACAGGGAUGCUGAGCAUUUGUUGUUAUGUCGUCUUUUUUCACUGCGCUCAGAAGUAAUUGUUUUCAGAAACUGCACAACUGUAUAAACCUCUUCAACCUCAGAAAAUGAUGCCGUCAUCCCACCAGAUAAGGCAAAGGAACAGGAGAGGAAGGGAGAGGGAGACAGAAAGGGAGGAAGAGGGGGAGAGAGAGAACAUAUUGAUGAAUGUAUUUGAUAACUGUAAACCUUCAUCAUCAAUUGCAUUUGCUGUUUUUUAAAAAAAACAAGUUGUGUAGCUUCUGUAUUA